GGAUGCAUCUUUAAGGUCUUUGGUUUUCUCUAACCAAAAUCAAUUAUUCUACUUUGAAUCAGCUGGUUCUAGUCACUUCAAAAAAUGAACCCACGAUAUUUAUAUUAAUUGUAUUCUAAUGUAAAUAUUUACUCUGUUAUCUCAAUUUGAAUAAGAUGUAUGGUUUCAAAACAAUUUGAACUCAAAAUACAAGUGCUUCAACACUAUAUUGGCAAAAACAAAAUUUCACCUCUUCAAUACAAUCUGCAUUACAUCUUAGUUUCUUGCCAGCUUGACGACAAAAGAGUGGUACCUAUUACUGUAAGUGCAAAUUCAAAUCUCAAGACUUUCUAAGGAUAAUCAAGUGCUACUCAAGAAUCACUCCAACAAGGUGACAAUUUAAAAUAUAUCUGUUCAAUUUCAAAGAACACCCAAAAGUGUCUGUCAUAAAUUUUAUGAAAUAUGCCCGGCACAACAUUCUGCUGGCCCAAGGUAAGCGAGUUUGACGUCCAUAGAGCGCGCAACUGCAUUGUUGAUUACAUUGAAACAUUCAGCUACUCACAGGAUCUCAAAUAUUACGUUGAUUAUAUGAAGCAAUACGUUGAUGACAAUUGCAUGCAGUUUGUCUACGAGGUCAAAUGGAGCAAACCAACAAAUCAGGAGCCACUCCAAAAAGUGACUGCAAGCAUGUAUUUCACUCUAACAAUUCCAUUUGAAGCUGCGCCUGACUCUACUGUAGAGGUAACAUACAGCUACGAAUGUUCAAACAUAAUUUUGAAACCAGGACAAUCCCCAUUUAAAGAGAAUUGGAUCAACAGAUUGAUGAAUUAUAAGCUUAAUUUUAUCGCUAUGCAAGAAAAAGCUUUUGGAGUCUACAAUCCAAGAUUUCUUGAGGAGUAAAAGUUUUUUUUUGUUCCUAUAAAUCCUGAAAUUUAUGUCAAGUUUAUCUCAAUUGUUUUGUACCUAGUCAUGUGAAAGAAAAUAAGCAAUUGAUCACUUGUUCAACUUUA